UACCAUGUGAAGAUGAGCGCAGAGAUUGAGGUGAUGUAUCUGUAAGCCAAGGAAUGACAAGGAUUCCCAGAAAACCACCAGAAGCUAGGAGAGAGGCCUGGAACAGAUUCUCCCUCCAAGCUCUCAGAAGAAACCAACCUUGCCAACACCUUGAUCUUGGAUUUCUAGCCUCCAGAACUGUGUCGCCAGCACCAAUAGACUGAAGACGUCUGCAGAACAUCAGGGUUCUUCCUUCACAGUUAAAACUCAGGUACUUUAUGACCCAGGCUGCCUUCUGGAUCAGAAAGAUACUGGAAGCUGUAAAACACACAAGCCAGGCUUUAUCACCUAUGUGUGCAGAAGGACACCAGCCCUGAGUGUGUGCCACUUCAUGCCCCUGUCACGUGCUCCUCUUUUUACCCGACUCCACUUUCCCGGGUCCAUCCCUGGAUAGAGGAUGAAAGAAGCCACGGUAAAACCUGGCUGCCUGGGGCUAGCUGCCCAUUCAUGGAGAAAGCACCAACUGAAAUGGAAUAUACCUUGAAAAAUACAAAGUUCUGGAGAAUCAAGGAAGGGAGAGAUCACGAACAGCUCCAUGGAAUCCAUGAGCGUUGAAGAGAGUUCUUCACAGAUAUUACAACGCACUAGUGACACACAGGCAGGAGCUUUGUACCCUGUGCACACUGAAAUCCAACUCACCCAUGCCUAUUUCCUGUAAUGGACGAACUUGAUGCUAAUGUGAGUUCCAAGGAGGGUUUCGGGUCAGUGGAGAAAGUCGUGCUGCUCACAUUUCUCUCGGCUGUUAUCCUGAUGGCAGUCUUGGGGAACCUGCUGGUGAUGGUGGCUGUGUGCAGGGACAGGCAGCUCAGGAAAAUAAAAACCAAUUAUUUCAUUGUGUCUCUUGCCUUUGCGGAUCUGCUGGUGUCAGUGCUGGUGAUGCCCUUUGGUGCCAUUGAGCUGGUUCAAGACGUCUGGAUUUAUGGGGAGAUGUUUUGCCUCGUCCGGACAUCUCUAGACGUCCUGCUCACAACAGCAUCGAUUUUUCACCUGUGCUGCAUUUCUCUGGAUAGGUAUUAUGCCAUCUGCUGCCAGCCUUUGGUCUAUAGGAACAAGAUGACCCCUCUGCGCAUCGCAUUAAUGCUGGGAGGCUGCUGGGUCAUCCCCAUGUUUAUCUCUUUUCUCCCUAUAAUGCAAGGCUGGAAUAACGUUGGCAUAAUUGAUUUGGAAAGGAUAUCCAAACCAAGGCUGGGCCAGGAUUUGCAUGUGAUAGAAAAAAGGAAGUUCAACAAGAACUCUAACUCUACGUACUGCAUCUUCAUGGUCAACAAGCCCUAUGCCAUCACCUGCUCUGUGGUGGCCUUCUACAUCCCGUUUCUCCUCAUGGUGCUGGCCUAUUAUCGCAUCUAUGUCACAGCUAAGGAGCAUGCCCACCAGAUCCAGAUGUUACAACGGGCAGGAGCCCCCUCAGAGGGCAGGCCCCAGCCAGCAGACCAACAUAGCACUCAUCGCAUGAGGACAGAGACCAAAGCAGCCAAGACCCUGUGCAUCAUCAUGGGUUGCUUCUGCCUCUGCUGGGCUCCAUUCUUUGUCACCAAUAUUGUGGAUCCAUUCGUAGACUACACUGUCCCUGGGCAGGUGUGGACCGCUUUCCUCUGGCUUGGCUACAUCAAUUCUGGGUUGAACCCCUUUCUCUACGCCUUCUUGAAUAAGUCUUUUAGACGUGCCUUCCUCAUCAUCCUCUGCUGUGACGAUGAACGCUACCGAAGACCUUCCAUUCUGGGCCAGACUGUCCCCUGUUCAACCACAACCAUUAAUGGAUCCACACAUGUGCUAAGGGAUGCAGUGGAGUGUGGUGGCCAAUGGGAGAGUCAGUCCUACCCCCCAACAACUUCUCCUUUGGUGGCUGCUCAGCCCAGUGACACUUAGGCCCCUGGGGCAGUGACCCUGAAGACAGCCAUCCCUCCAAGAGAGGGCCAGGUCCUAAGCUGCUGCUCGUGCCUGACUGCACCCGGUAUUCUCUUCACCCAGCAUUCCAUCCAUUGGUGCAGGCACCCCAUGCCCAUCGGGCUUUUCCUCCAGGAUUCCAGCAUGUGGCAGGGGACAGGAGGGCUCCCUUGUUCACUGGGGGUUCUCCUCCAGAGAUCCCCCUUGAAGGGAUCUUUUUAUUUCCUAGCACUCCCACUUCCCGGCUUCAUAGUCACCCUGGCCUCAUAGUCUCUGUUGUCCCCAGUAUAUCCCCUUACUGUGCCUGGUUUGUCUCGCUCAUGUUUCAAACACAAUCACUCACUGUGUCCUAUCUCAGUCAUAGGUGUCCGCAAAUAUUCCUUCUUUGCUGUGCCUGCUCACAUGCACUGUCAAAACACAUCCUGCCUGCACCUGCCUUGGUCAGAGUUGUGUUCCAAAAGCACGCAUCUCUUGCUUGUUUGUGUCUGUCACAGCCAUGUUCAAACUACUCACCAGCUCAUCUCUGUCCUGCUCUGUGCCAGACACUAAUACACUUUCCUCCCGGAAUGUGGGUCCAAAUGUGCAUCCUCCUGGCCAGCCCCCCAUAUCAGUCACAGACUUCCACUUGCUUUGCCUUAUGUCCAUGUCAGUCCUUCUCUUCAGGACAUGCUCCAUUUACUCACCAUGGAAGAAACAGGGCAAAGAUCCUUCAGAGGAAAACAGUCUCUGCAGCAACCUCGGAGGGAAGCUGAAGACAGACAGCUCCCUGCCAGUGCCAUGGCCUCAGGCCCUCCUGCUCUGAAAUGCUCGCUUUCCUGGAACAAAUCCUCUCCUAAAGCGCCUUGGGCAGGGAUGGCGGCAUCAUAGUGUUUAUUGAAAGACUUUGGAAUCUUUCCCACGAGCUUGUAGCAAAGCCCAUGGUACCAAUUUAUAACCCUUGAAUCUGGCCUUGCUGCUCCCAAAGGAGAAAACAAUUGGAGGCGCACACUGCCGAGACGUGUCACUCACUGCAGUUUCCCCAGGUGGAGGAGGCAGAACCAAGCAGCGCUUGCGGUGGAAAACAGUGCUUGACUUCAAGUCAGAGGACCCGAAUUCCAGCCCUGGCUCCACUCCUAACAUGUGGGAGAUCGUGACCUAUGCCCUUCCAUCCCUGGACCUCACUUUCUGCAUCUGUCAACUGAAGUUUGGACCAGGGGAUCUCUAAGAUUCCGUUCUGUUUCUGUGACAACAGGAUGCUGCUAUAGCCAUCAGCUACCUCAGAAAGGUGUGGCCUGCCUGCCUUUUGACUUUGUUUCAGAGGAACUAGCCACCUCAUUUGGGCCUUCUAGACCCUUGACCUUGCCAGCUUUGCCCUUCAGAUAAACCUGGAUGUCUUUCAUUCAAAGCUAAGUUCAUGGCUCUUACCACCUGCCCCAGAGUGAAGGUCCCAGGGAGGUAAACGCCGCCACAUCCCAGAGCCGUGUGAGGUUUCAACUUUGGUCUUGGCUGUGAUUUGAUAGCAUCUCAGGACUUCAUCAUACUGUCCUUGUUCCUGCUGCUUAAGAAGUCAGGUGUCAUUUCCAUUGACGUUUACUUUAGUUCUGGAAUUGCACCAGACUGGAAAGAGACUUGGAAUGAGGAAGAGAAGAUUGCCCCAAACCACCCAAAUACAAGAAAAAAAAGAAAAAAAAAAAUUAUGUGCCCUGCAAAGGCUUACAAUUUUGUUGUGGAUAAAGUCAUUCCUUAGGGAAGGGGAAAAGCCUCUAAUGAGAAAUGUGACUCGGGACUCCCAAAUGCUGCUGAGAAAGACUGCGCCCCACUGAAAUGCUCCUGGUGUAGGCUGGGGCUCUCACUGAUCCGUGGAGCAGAUUCAUCUGGGGACCUGUUCUCGUCAUAUAUGAAGAAAGUUUAUUUAAGUCCUUACUUGCACAUUGACUCUGGAUGGACCAAUCCCCUGUGCUUUUUUAAGUCACUGUUCCUCUGCCAUUAAUGAGAUUGGGGCACAGGAGGCAACCACCUUUUUGAGGAUGAUCCUUCUCUAAUACAAAGGAGGGAGCAGCAAGGUAUUGAGCCCCAAGGCCCUGAACCUGGCAGUGAGACUCACACUAUUUGUCUGGCUGCUGCACACGCUGUUCACAACCUCUGUGAGCACACAGUAAGGAUGGGCGCAGCAGAGAAGCAGCACAGGCACUAAAUCAAUUGCUGACUUACUGUGUGACCCUGAACUAAUAACUGGACCUCUCUGGCCUCAGAAACAAUCUCUCCUGCCUACUUCAUGAAGUUGCUGUGGAGAAAAAUAAGAUAAUUUUUGUGAAGAUGUUCUGUAAAUCAUAAAAUGACAUUCUGUUUAUUAUGACUUUGGGUUACUUUGGAUGCUCCUGGGCGCUCAAGGACUAAGAAUUUCUUCACCAAGAGGUGGACCAAUUUAGAGAGUGAGCUUUCUGUAUUGAAAAACAAUACCAAGUGAUCAUCUUUUUGGGGUCCAUUCUUCCAAAUUCACCCCUCUGCAUUUAGUUAUUCUAGGUUACCCAAAACACACAAACAUUGCAAAUUUAUACAUCACAAACACUCUUAAUUGAGGGGAUUUUGUUGUUCUCAAAGUAAAGAGGUGGAUGGAGAGAGAUGGGGACUACAGACUAACUUUGGUGAGAAUGAGUCUAAUUUUUCAUGUAACUUCAAAGUCACAUGGAAUAAAUUCAAAUGCCUUUUUGCCAUGAAAACAUUUAUUUAGAGGAAAAAGACUUGGGUCAUUGAAAUUAUCCCCACCCUGUAAAUUCUCUCUCUCUCUCUCUCUCUAUAGAAUCCCCUGUGAAAAGAACCCUCCAACAUAAAUCAGAUCAUGAAUGACCAGCUAACAAGAAUGUUACAUAAAGAGUCUACUAAGAUACUGAACCAGAUAAUUUUGAGAUUUUUUCCUAAUCUGAUAGUCUAUGUAAAUUAUUGUUAAUUAUCGUUUAGUAUUAUUUAGCUAACACCUUAAUUUUGUUUACAUUUUUAAUAAAGCAGAAUUACAAGUGGGGCCACUCAUACAGUUUCUAGCAAACUGAGUCCCUUUGUGUAAUCAACAUAUAAAGUACAUGUGUGCCCAUUAUACAGAACAUGGAACUUAAUUAUAUAACUCAAAGGCUUACAAGUUUUAAUGAUGGUUGUAUUUUUGUUUUUAUGAAAUUGUUAGUUAUGCUUCUGAUUUAUUUGAAGCUAAAGCUUUGAAGUACUAGGAUCCCUGAUUCUAAUUUGUUUCUAUGGAAAGCACCCUUGGCUUUACAAUAAUCCACUUUUUGAUGCAGUUCCCCAGAAUGUG